AUGACUAUGAAAUUCAUACUGUGUUUGCUCUUACUUUUUGCAUUUGGAUUAUCACAGAAUUGGAGUGGGGACGCCGCCGACCGGUGUUUUUGCAAGUUACAUGGAGAGGUAGAUGAUUGCUCGUGUAAAGUAGAGACUUUGGAUUCACUUAACAACAACAAAAUAUAUCCACGACUCAAUAGCUUAUUGGCAAGGAACUACUUUAGGUAUUUUAAGGUGAAUUUGAAGAAACCUUGUCCAUUUUGGUCUGAUGAUAGCAGGUGUGCCCUGAGAGAUUGUCAUGUAGCAGUGUGUUCAAAGGAAGAUGUUCCGAUCAAAUUAGAUUCGUUUGAGUCACAUAAAGCACACGAGAAAAACAAGUACACUAAGCAGAGUAAUGAAGAUGUAGGCUAUACAUCUGGAUGUGCUGAGGAGAGAGAACUGAGUGCCCUGGACACGACCAUCAGCGAAGAGAAGAAGGCAGAGUUUCAGACAUGGAAGGAACAUGAUGAAACAUUGCCCAUGUUUUGUGAAAUUGAUGAUGAGCAGUCCAAUGAUUUAGAAUACGUGGAUCUUCUUCUUAACCCUGAGCGCUACACGGGCUACAAGGGACCAUCACCACACAGAAUAUGGAGGUCCAUAUAUCAGGAGAACUGCUUUCAGCCAGAGAAAAAAAUUGGUUAUGGCCCAGAUAGAUCAAUGAGUUUUGGGCCUGAUGGCUCAUUGGAGUCUGCAAUGUGCCUGGAGAAGCGAGUAUUCUAUCGCCUGAUUUCUGGUUUGCAUACCAGCAUCAACAUCCACCUGUGUGACAAAUAUCUCUUCCCUGCUAAAAAUGGUUUUGGUUCUGGUGCGUGGGACCACAACUUGGAGGAGUUCCAGUCCAAGAUUUGA